AAUCUUACGGCAGAAGGAUAUCCAAAACAAGAGGCUGCAGAUAAGACUGGUCUUUCACGCUAGUCCAUAAUUAUCCAGAUCAAACACACUUGGUAGUCAUCUAUUGGAUUAAUUAUUAAAUUUAUCAUUGGGCAAAUCCGUGAAUCUUAUAUAACUACCAUGUACGUUUCAAUAUUAUCUCUAAGGUUAAAGUUGUAAUUCAUUAAGACGUGCAAUUUCAAAAACAGAAACAGCGUUGAAUUAAAGUUAAUAUUUCGCAUAUAAAUUAUGAUUACGUGAUCUUAAGCAGAGUCGAUUUCGAUGAUUUUUUUUUUUCUAUACGUAUAACCAUCGGUCUCGCCUAGUAUUUGUAUCGCAGAUGCGUGAAUAUACAUCUACAUGUAUUCAGUGUAUUUCUGCCUAUAGUUGCGCGUAUGUGACAGCGUAUGCGUUUUCCGUCUGCCGCUCCGCUUAUUCGGUUUGCAAGUGAGGAUCGGCCGAGCAUAAAACGAGGUUGUGAAAAAUGUCUGUUGCAACUUGUAAUUCAACCAAAAACGAAUAUCGAUGUAUCUGGUUUGGACUUUGGUUAAACCAAGCAAUGCGAUGGUCGCGAGGCGGCCGGUAACGCUUGAGCGAAAUAAUGAUCGAUUAUAUGAAUAGUUGUGCUUGAAAUCUUUAACGUUUAUGGACGGAAGACAAGCACGGAUGCACAACUAUAGGUAGAAAUACACUGUAGCGAUACGCUGAAGUUUUUAGAGGUUGAAACAAUUCUACAAGCUUAUCAGCAGCAUCCGAAUCGAUUAUGAAAGGAAAGUCAUAGAAUUAUUAAAGUACUAGAGUCAAGCUGGGUUUCACGUUUCACAGUGACGGUGAUUAAAAAGCUUGCAACUUAUUGUACCAACGAAGCAGAUACAUUUUAAUCCACAACAAAAUCUUACGAAACUCUGGAAACUCUAAGUUAGGUAGCUUGCUAAGUAAGGCAGUUUAAAUGUUUCGUUAAAAUGCAAAAAUUUGAAGUAAACGUUCAAAUAUAUAUACAUAUAUAUGUAUACGGGGAACGUCAUCGAUCAAAGUGUCAUCCGGCGCGAGUUCAAUAAGUGUAGAAUGUAGAAUCACGAAUCUAGAAUCGAGAAUCUAAAAUGAAGAACCUAAAAGCUGAAUGAAGUGGCCCGUUGAAACUCCAUCUGACUUUUAUCCAAAUAUUUAAUGACAAUUAGCUUGGAAACUAACACCUACGAUAUGCACAAAAUACAUAGAACACGUAGAAGCAAAAACACAACGAUUACGUCGACAACAUUACUUUCAUGUAAUGCAUUACAUAGUAAACGUGUCUUAUUAAGUUGAAAGUCACUGUUUUCAUCAUUUACAUCAAAGAUUUCCGUUAACGAAAUAUCAUUUCAUGCCAAGUCAAACAUAUCAGAGACUGAGGAAAAUUACGAUAAGAAGCAAAUAAGAAGCAACAAGGCGCAAAGUUAUUAAAUCACACGUGAUCGAAUUAUUAACUAGCGAAGUGACUGAUUGUGAGAAUUGUGAAAGAUCGAUAUUAAACAGUUUGAAUUUGUUUAAACCUGCUUCGGUAUGGCGUCGCCAGAAGGGGAAGAACACCGUUCAAUGUUAGGAUACCAUGCAGCCAAUUACGAUGCAAAGAUAAUACAGGUUGGCAAUGUUUGCGAAGACAUUGAAAAUAAUAAUACUCACGAUAAAGACAGCACUUUGGACGAAAAAUGUGACACAAUAUAUUACUCGUCAAAUUCCAAAGGUAUAUUCGCACAGUGCUUGGUAUCUGGCGCGGUAUUAUUACUACUAACCGGCGGAGGAAUGCCAAUUGGUUACAGUGCAAUUCUGUUACCGCAAUUGGCUGAAGAAAAUGGUACGAUGUACGCUGAUCGGCAACUUGGAUCCUGGAUAGCUUCGGUUCAUAGUCUAGCAACACCUGUCGGAUCUUUGGUGUCCGGCCCAUUGCUGGAUAAGAUUGGCAGGCGUGGAUCUUUACAAUUUGCAGCAGUACCGCUGUUCGUUGGAUGGUUCGUCAUAGGUUUUGCUAAAAACAUUUCCUGCCUUCUGAUAGGGAGAGUUGUACUAGGUUUUGGUGUCGGCCUAAUGGGAGUACCAGCUCAGGUGUUACUGGGUGAAACGGCCGAUUCGACGCUUCGUGGAUUUCUGACAGGAAGUACGCUCACCUUUUAUUGCCUCGGUAUUGUCAUCGUUUACGCGUUAGGAGCUUGUUUUACGUGGAACAUCGUGGCUCUUUGCGGGGCCGUUCUUCCCGUAACAGCACUGAUUGCGUUAAUCCUGAUUCCGGAAAGUCCUGCCUGGCUUGUAAGACGCAAGAAACCUGACAAGGCGAGGAAAGCCUUGCUGUGGUUGAGAGGAGGUAACGUGCAACAGGUUGAUGCCGAAAUGAGAAUAUUGGAAGCUCGAAUGAAAACAGAUUUAGCACGGACGGCUACGACCACGACGUCACGGCUCGGACAAAUUUCUUCUGUCGUUUCUACGCUCCUCGAUCCUAGUGUUUUGAAACCACUAACGAUCAUCAAUAUCUUUAAUAUUCUUCAGUUAAUAAGUGGGACAUUUGUCAUCGUUUUCUAUGCAGUAAAUCUCGUCGAAGAUAUCGGUGGUGACAGGAUAAAUAACUAUUUGGCAGCGGUAAUUACGGCCGUUACCAGGGUCUUGUUUAGUUCAAUAGCCAGUGUUUUAUUGUUGAAAAUAAAUAGGAGAUAUCUAGGAAUGUUUUCUGCUGUGGGGACGGCUUUCGCUUCCCUAGUCCUCGCAGCAUAUUUAUUGAUUCAGGAAGAAUCUUCUAUCGAUGUUUACGUUGUUGGUAUUUUUCUGUUGGCCUACGUGGCAGUGAGCUCAAUGGGAUUGAUGACAUUUCCAGGUUUAAUGGUUGCCGAGUUACUUCCGCAAAGGGCUCGAGGAAUUGGCGGUGGUUGCAAUUUCUUCUUUUUCAACUUAUUCAUCUUUAUAGUUACAAAAUCUUUCCCCGCGGUAAGCGACACGGUAGGCAUUACUGGAAUUUUUGCAAUUUUUGGCAUUUCCGCCAUUUUGGAGGCAAUAUUCGUUUACGUUGCUCUACCGGAAACGAAAAAUCGCACGCUUCAAGAAAUCGAGGAUUACUUUCAGCAAGAUAACUUACUUUGGAUUACUCGUUCGAGAUAAAGGACAAGUGACGACCAGCCAUUCAUCAUCCUACAUAAAGAUUCAUACUUUAAAAUACUCGGCCACACAGCUUGCUCCAAAGUUACGGUCCAACGUUCCGGAAGCGAAUCCUCGUUCUCGGAUAUUUAAUAUGGAAUAUCGCCGAGAACCGACGAUCGUCUUCUUCCUAUUUCGCUGCGGUUCCACUUGUGACUGUCAAACAUUGUUGCGUUGUUCCAUAUCGUCGACUGCCACAUGGUCGCAAUAGCGUACGUCAAAAAUCUCCUCGAGCAACGAACAUGCUCGAUAGUUGAUCAACCGGUGUAUACACGAUCUCUUAUAUUUCCCAACAACAUUCUACAAAGGAUUCAAAAAAUUUGUGAUAAUUGGAACGGUGUUGCACUCUUUAUGGUUACGCGGUACAUUACAUAGCUAAAGGUGGCUAUAUAUAUAUAUAUAUUUAUAUAUAUCAUCUUCCGUAUAUAAGGAUAGAGCGCAUGAGUGAAGAGAAAUAUAUGAACAGAUAUAUGGUAUAUCGGGUAUGGCGCUACCAUCUCGCCGAUUUUCCACAUAACUCAGUGGCACGGGCCACUGGGUAUGCGUAAUGCAUUUUCCCCUCCUGGCGUAAAAAAAAAGAAAAAAAGAUAUAUUCGAUUUGAAGAUCAUAAAUCAAUUAAGAUUGAAAGAAGAUGUUGAUAGGGAAACGAAUGAAAGUGGACAAUUUAUCGUGAUCGAUACAUAUAUCAUAUAUCGGUAAAGUAACAGACGAAUUUAACGAUUUUGCGACGAAUGCGGCGACAUCUGCAUCACGCUCUUUUAGAUGAACACUCUUUUUCUUUCUAAUUAAACUGUUUAUUUUCCCUUGAUAUAAAAUCGUAGAAAAAACUCGUCACUCGUAUGCAUUAUAAUUUCGAGGGAUAUGUUAAUUAAAAUUUUUCCGAUACGAUUAUUCCUAUUUUUAGGUUACGCCAUUUUCCAAACUCGUAUAUAAUUCAUCGAACAUUCGUUUUUGUCGCUUCUGUUCCAAACUUGCAAACACGUUGUUGUUCUCGUACACCAGUACUUGUAUUAUUACUUGAUUAAGAAUUAGAUAUUAGUUUUGGCAUUGAGAAUUCUAUCCUCCGGUCAGAGAAACGAUUUAUGCGUUCGCUGUAUUUUCCACUAAAUACUAAUUUUGUAUUUGGCGAAUGGCUGCAUCACCGAAAACAAAUUCGUAUUAACUGGUCAAAUAUUUCAGCGAAUCGUCAGAUUGAAAGUUGUAUAUACAGGUAAUAAUAGAAAAUACAGGCAAUAGUAAGUAAAAAUGCAAUUAUCAAGCAAUCAAUCUUAUCGCAGUAACGUUUCACGUUGCUUUAUCUUUUAGAUUUGUCUACCUAUCACACAGAUUACGGAUCGAUGUACUUUUUCGUUUAUUGGCUCCAACGAAUUCGUUUCGAAAUGACUUGUUUCGCGAUACAACUAUCUAGAGAAAGGAAGGGAUUAAAAGACCCAACAUACGCGUCCGAGGGGCUUCCCAGUCGCGUACAAUUUUCGUUUAAAAACCGACGCUCUUUCAUCAUUCCCAUUUAGUUCGACUUUUAACUACGAGCUAACGCGGUAUCGAGCAUUAUGGGGUCGCCUAUUUCUUUAGCAUUUGCGGUAUACGUUUCC